AUGGAGGCCGAUCCCUUUAACCUCCAACAAUACAAGGCUGAGAUCAUCUCACAGAAGAAAAACUGGCUUCCUCUCCCUACCCAGCCAAACGAAAAGGUCAACAAUUUCUACAUUGAGCAAAAUGAACUCAUUGAAGGCUUUCUCUCAAGCGGUGACGAAGAGCGCCAAAACGCCAUGGAUAUCGCGCAGAACGGUGGAAAGGUAAAACUUGCUGUGCGAGCUAGCUUUGUCGUCAAUUUCUUCCUAUUCGUCAUUCAGCUCUAUGCAGCUAUCUCCACUGGUUCUCUUGCUCUCUUCGCUACGGCUGCCGACGCCUUCAUGGAUCUCGUGUCUUCGAUUGUUAUGCUCGUCACCUCCCGCAUGUCCAACCGCCCUAAACCAUACAAGUACCCCGUUGGACGUCGUCGCAUCGAAACAAUGGGAAUCAUCAUGUUCUGUGCGCUCAUGACGGUUGUCGGAGUGGAGUUGAUCAUUGAGUCGGCCAAAGCGCUGGCUGACGGGGAGACAGAGUCAAGUCAGCUUAAGCUGAUUCCGUUGAUCUGUGUUGGAGUCGCUAUCUUCUCCAAGUUCUGCCUGUUCCUGUACUGUUAUACUCUGCGACGGUACCCCGCUGCCCGCAUCUUUUAUAUCGAUCACCGAAAUGAUCUUGCGGUGAAUGGCUUCGGUCUGAUCAUGUCGAUUGUUGGAAAUCGUCUCGUGUGGUAUCUUGACCCCGUCGGUGCUUGCUGCAUUGCUCUUCUUAUCCUAUUUUCGUGGGUGUCGACUGCUUUUGAACACAUGUGGCUUAUUGUGGGCAAAUGUGCGCCCAGAUCUUUCGUGAAUAAGUGCAUCUAUGUGACGAUGACACAUGACCAGAGGAUUCAAAAAGUGGAUACGUGUCGCGCGUAUCACUCCGGCCAGCAGCUAUACGUGGAAGUCGACAUUGUGAUGGACCCAGAGACCAAACUCCGAGAGUCACACGACGUUAGUCAAGAACUGCAGCGCAAACUGGAGGGACUGGCAGAUGUUGAGCGCGCAUUUGUACAUGUGGACUACGACUACCAUCACGAUGUCAACGAAGAGCAUAGGCCACUAUAUGAUGCUGAUGGGACGGGCUCAUCGAUCCGGGAACUGGUCAAACGACUGUGGUCCCGAAAUGAUAAGCACGAUCAGGGGAAUGCGAUGUAG